AAUUCUUUUACGGUUAAUAUACAUUUUUUAAGUCAUUAUAUUCGAUAUAUAAUACCAUUAAAAUUUUAUUUAAUUUUACUAAUUAUUUUUUUUAUGGAAUAUGAAUGAUUUAAAGAAUUAUAUUGAAAUACUUUGUUUUUUUUACUUAAUAUCUACAGUGAUCGGAGAACAAGUUCAAGUAGUGUAUCCUUUUAAUUUAAUUUCGUGGUCAAAUACAACACAAGUUUUUAAAUUUGAAGUGCUAAAUAUAGAUCAUUAUUUUCAACCAGUUGAUAUAGAAUGGCAACAAAAAAAAUGUCAAAAUUUUAAAAAGCGUAUUGUACAAACUUCAAGCGUAUUGUCAAAUGUUUCAAAAGAACUGACUGUUCCAAUACCAAAAAUUAAGAGUACGAUCACUGAAGACAGAAACAGUUUUUACAGAGCUUUAUCUUUUUGUAUAUUUGGUUUGGAAGAUCACCAUUUAGAAUUACGGGAAUAUAUAGCUGAUGCGAUGUUUGUAAUUUAUGAUCUAAGUAUAUUUAUGAAAGGUGCGAAAACAUUAAAGGACUAUUGUUCUGCAAGAAAUGUAAAUCUUAAAGGUACUGAAGCUUUUUAUACUGAAAUAUUGACUGCAUCUUAUUUACUAAACACGUGUAUAUAUAUUUACUCAACUGAACAUAAAAUAUGGCAAUUUUUUUAUAAAAAUUGGCCAAAUUAUUCAUUACUUAAUAUGAAAAAAAAAAAAUGUAUUUAUCUCACAGAUACUAAAAACUACAUAGAUGUCGUCACUGAUGUUGUAGAUAAUAAUAUUAUCAAUGAUGUUGAGUUAUUAGAUACAGAAAACAUUAAUAAAUAUGUUUAAGGUUAUAUAACAAAUUAAUUAAAUAAGUCGUCUAUCAACAUCAAAAAGAAAUUGUUCAGCGUUUCUUUCAUAAAACAUUUAACUAUUUAUUAUUUCAAAUUAAUUUUCAUUUUAUAAAAAUUAUUAUAAUACUUGUUUCCUUUUGGAAUUAAAACUAUGUUCAC